CCUGGGCGGGGCACGGAGGGGCCCAGCCGCGUUUGUAGCCUUCCCAGACCUGCGCGCCGACCGGGUUUGGGUUCUGAGGCUCGCGCGUCUUCUGAGAAGGAGAAAGGGUACUGCCGACUCGGGACGGGGCGCGGGAGAGGGGGAAGGGGCGGAGUUGGCGUCUGGAGGGGCCCCUGGAUUUGGCCGGCGCAAGCUGCGUUUGCGCUUUGCAGUGUGCAGUGAGUGGAGCUGGCGUGUGGCACUACCCUGCAAGCAUCGGGCACCUGCGCCAAUCUUCGCGCACCUGGAGCCCCGCCCCCCCCCGGGGGGGGGGGCUGCGCACCUGGCACUUCUCUGCAGCGCGUACCCCAGGCGCGGUUUCAAGAGAGAUCUAGGGAGGAGGCGCGUCACUCCCGGUAUCUGCGUGGCCGCACCUGCCCGCCCGCCCCGGCCCGAGCUCGCUCAUCCUGGCUCUGCCGUGCCAAAAAGCCGCGUAGGACCCUGUGCAAAGCGAGUUCCUUCCAGGGAGGUCCCAGGAGAAUUGCUGGCAGCCCCAGCACGCAGGGGAGUGCUGUGACAGAAGCAGCGAGGAACUUGUGCGCAUCCAGGGGCGCGGGGCCUGGAGCGAGGCGGUACGGGAGGAGAAGCCGCGCCGACCCCGCACCAACACGCUGGCCGUGGCUCUGGCCCAGGCGCCAAUGAUCCCAGUCCCUGCAGAAACCGGACUCGCAGAGCGAGAGAAGGCCCUCCCUCUUUGUUUUCGGACAACAUUGGAAGCGUUUUAAAAAUACAGCGGCACAACGCCCGCGCCCUGGAAUGAGCUCAUGAAAAGCCACACCCAAUUUGGGAAAGAAAUAUUCAGAUGGAGGUAGAGCCUGCAGGGUUCUCAAGCGAGCCCUGUUUAUACACCGAGCAAAAGCCACCUGGAGCGCACUCCCUGCUAGCGGCCUACGGAAACCGCAAUAAAAGCGGCCCAAGCCCUAUCUUCCCGGCUUCAGAACGCGAACGCGUUUUCGCUCGGCUUGACCCUCCAGGCUUCCCGUCCGCUCCGUCCCAGCGCGCCUGCGCAGAAGCCCUCUGCCCUUUCAUCCCAGCGCUUGGGCUGCCUGGACCAUGGCGGCCCGCAGUGUAGGGCUGCUGGCCCGGUCGCCCCUCUGCGCCCAGAGCAGAACUCCCGUCCGGCUCGCCGCUGUCAGGCUCCUCAGCGGCGCAGGGCCUGUGGCCGCAGACAUCGGCAGAGAAGAGCAGCUCCCGGGAGGCGGGGAGACAGGCUCUGAAGACAAGACCCCCAAAAAGCGAUUCUCGGAGGUGCAGGAGGAGAGACGGGAGCAGGCACAGCGGACGGUCUUAAUACAUUGUCCACAUAAAUUCAGCGAAAAGAAGUUUCUCAAGUAUUUGUCUCAGCACGGCCCCAUUAAUAACCAUUUCUUCUAUGAAAGCCUCGGCCUCUAUGCUGUGGUGGAGUUUGCCCAGAAGGAGAGCGUGGGCUCCCUGCAGAGCGGGACACUCACGCCACGCCUGGGCGCCGAGGCCGCGAUUCCCUUCCGGUCGCGGUUCCUCAGCCUGAAGCUGAAGAACGCGGGGGGCCAGCCCUCCGAGCCCCCCUCCGUGCGGGCCAGCCAGCAGCUGCCGCCUUCCAGCCAGAGGCUGCUGGAGCGCCUCUGUCGGGCAGAAAGCGUGGGUGAUCAGCUGGACACGCUGCUGAAGGAGCUGCAGCUGACGGAGGAGAACGUCAGGCUGCGCUACCUCACCUGCUCUCUCAUCGAGGACGUGGCCGCCGCCUACUUCCCGGACUGCACCGUCAGACCCUUUGGCUCCUCGGUGAACACCUUUGGGAAGCUGGGGUGUGACCUGGACAUGUUUUUGGAUCUGGAUGAAAUUGGAAAGCGCAGCACUCCUAAGACCGUAGGGAAUUUUUUGCUGGAAUUUCAAGUGAAAAAUGUUCCUUCAGAAAGGAUCGCGACCCAGAAGAUCCUGUCGGUGAUCGGCGAGUGCCUGGACCACUUCGGCCCCGGCUGCGUGGGGGUGCAGAAGAUCCUCAAUGCUCGCUGCCCACUCGUGCGCUUCUCCCACCAGGCGUCUGGCUUCCAGUGUGACCUGACCACCAAUAACAGGAUUGCCUUGAAAAGUUCGGAGCUCCUCUAUCUGUAUGGCGCCCUGGACUCCCGGGUGAGAGCCCUGGUGUUCAGCGUGCGGUGCUGGGCUCGCGCACACUCCCUGACGAGCAGCAUUCCUGGCGCCUGGAUCACGAAUUUCUCCCUCACCAUGAUGGUCAUCUUCUUUCUCCAGAGGAGGUCGCCUCCUAUUCUGCCGACGCUGGAGUCCCUGAAAGCCCUAGCCAGUGCAGAAGACAAAUGUGUAAUAGAAGGCAACAACUGUACGUUCGUGCGUGACUUGAACAAGAUUCAGCCGUCAAGAAACACAGAACCACUAGAAUUACUGCUGAAGGAAUUUUUUGAAUAUUUCGGCAAUUUCGCUUUCAAUAAAAACUCCAUAAAUAUUCGGCAGGGAAGGGAGCAGAACAAGCCCGACUCCUCUCCGCUGCACAUUCAGAAUCCUUUCGAAACCUCUCUCAACAUAAGCAGAAACGUGAGCCAGAGCCAGCUGCAGAAGUUUGUGGACCUGGCCCGAGAGAGCGCCUGGCUGCUGCAGCAAGAUGGGGAGGGCGGCCCAGCCCCGGCGCCGCGGCAGCCCUGGGGGCUGGCAGCCCUGCUGCUGCCCUCCGUCAGGGACAGCAGGUCUCUCUCCAAGAAGCAGAACAGGCGGCCUGCGAGCGAGAGGAUAAAAAGCUUGCUGGAAUCCAUCAAAGAGCACAGCCCGGACAGCCCCACGGCCACCGACGGGAAAAGGACAAUGAGCACUCACACAUGACCGCCGGCCGCCCCCUCCUUGAACUGGUUGUCCUGUGACGUUGUCUGUACCACGUAGGAACCGGGGAACUCCACCAGCCACACUUCCACACCAGACCAUCUCCUGGCCUUCCCGGCGGCUCCCUCUGCCUGCUCUGCAGCCUGGGGCGUUGCGGCCCCCACCUGCCGGCUGCCCCCAGUCCCAGCCACAGCCACAGCCACAGCUACGGAGCAGGGGCCAGAAGGUGGAGACUCCUCGCAGAAUAAACCGUACGGAGGGAACGGGAAGAAUGGUUUUAGGAUCAGACUGGUGUUGGUCUCCCCGGCAGGCCCUGUGGGGACGCAUUUAAAAGGACAUGCCCAGUUGUGCGCAGGCGUGAGCAGAGAUUGCGUAAUAAAACUGCCAGGUGUGGUGGUGGUCCUCUUGA